AUGACUGUCCAGAGCAGUACUCUUUUUCGGUAUUAUGACUGUCCAGAGCAGUACUCUUUUUCGGUAUUAUGUCUGUCCAGAGCAGUACUCUUUUUCGGUAUUAUGACUGUCCCGAGCAGUACUCUUUUUCGGUAUUAUGACUGUCCCGAGCAGUACUCUUUUUCGUCGUUGUUUCUUUCUUUUUUGUUUCCUUCUUACACAUUCUCUUCGCUUUCCUUUUUCACUUAUUUCGUUUCUGUCUUUUUAAUGUUCUUUUCCAACGUAUUGUCGUUAAUCAUUUUUUUUUUUUUCGUUAUUAUCUUUAUUCAUUUUCCCUCUUUCCUUUUAGAGACUUUAUUGCCUUUUUGUAUCUUUUUUCUUUUCGCGUAUAGCUUUAAUAAUUUUCUUUCUCUUUUAUUGACUUCUUACUUUCGUUUUAUCUCACGUUUCUUUUUCUUUUCGCUUUUUGAUGCAUUCAUUUUAUUUCUUAUUUCCUUUCUUUUUUUUCCCCUUUCAAUUUUUAAUUUCUUCCCUCAUUUCUGA